AUGUUGUGCUUUAAUUUGUUUUCCUUGGCACGCGCGAUUGUGCUUAGUAACAUCACGCGCUAUGUUAAUUUACUUAAUUACUUGUCCUGUCAAACCUAAUAAAUGGUUGCAGUCGAGGGUUGUCAUACUAGAAGUGUAUUAGUUUCCUAGAUCGAGUUCCAAAAUACUAACGGUGAAUAAUCAAGGCAAAAGUAGACAAGCUCAAUAGAUCGAGAGUACAAGACUUAUCUCGUCGCAUUAAUCUCAUAACUUAUUCACACGCCUCUUACGACCACCAGCGUUUUGUUUGAAAACAAGGAGAUAACAACACUUGACACUUGUAUAAAGAUCACGGAUCUAAUUAACAGUUUCAGCUAGCAAACUCUAAUUAGCUAGAGCUAGGGCGCUUCUGUUCUACAGUCCACAAGAGCCCCCAAUGGCGCUGAGGUGCUGCUUGGUGGUGCUCCAGCUCGCCGUCUUCGUUUUGACCGGACCACACGCAGCAGGCGAAGACCGUCGUCCGCCGCGGGUACCGGCGAUCAUGUUCUUCGGCGACUCCCUGGUCGACGUAGGGAACAACGACUACAUCAACACCAUCGUGAAGGCAAACCUGUCUCCCUACGGCAGGGACUUCCAGGAGGACCAUGUCGCCACAGGGAGAUUCGGGAACGGCAAGCUGAUAAGCGAUUUCAUAGGUGAAAAGCUGGGGUUUAGUGUAUCUCCUCCUGCAUAUCUCAGCCCGGAGGCGUCGGGGAAGAACCUUCUUCUUGGGGCCAACUUCGCGUCUGCUGGAUCCGGCUACUACGAUCCCACGGCACUCAUGUAUCAUGUGAUCCCUUUGUCCCAACAAUUGGAGCACUUCAAAGAGUACCGUUCGAAGCUGGCAGCGGUGGCCGGGAGCAGGCAACAGGCUCAGUCUAUCGUCUCCAACUCACUCUACAUCAUCAGCGCCGGCUCCAAUGAUUUCGGCUUCAACUACUACAUCAACCCUUUGCUCUUCUCGACCCAGACCGCCGACCAGUUCUCCGACCGCCUCAUCGGCAUCUUCACCAACACCGUCACGCAACUGUAUGGCAUGGGAGCACGGCGUGUGGGCGUCUUGUCGUUGGCACCGCUGGGCUGCGCUCCCUUGGCGAUCACCGUGUUUGGCCUCGGGAGCAGCAGCUGCGUGCCGAGGCUCGACGACGACGCGCUUAGGUAUAUCCACAAGCUCAACACGGCCGUCGAUUCGUUGUCGCGGCGGCACCAUGAUCUCAAGAUUGCGGUUCUCGACGUCUACACGCCAUGGCACAGCCUUGCCACCUCCCCUGAGUCACAAGGGUUCACGGAGGCGAGGCUGGGAUGCUGUGCGACGGGCAAGGUGGAGCUGACGGUGUUUCUCUGCAACUCAUUCUCCGUUGGGACAUGCCGGGACGCGGCGACGUAUGUGCACUGGGACUCUGUACAUCCCUCCGAGGCGGCCAACAGAGUGAUCGUGGAUUCAUUCGUCGAGGAGAUCAACAUGUUGGUUACAUGAUUCAGUCACUACUAGCUAUAACUAGGAAUGCAAAAGGAAUCCGCGAACAGCCUAGCUACUUAACUAGUUCAAUUUUCGAAUCUCCCAUUUGAAUUUUAAGCAAAAAUUUGUACAAAAAAUUUAAGAAUUGAACCAGAAAUAAAUCUUUCACGGGAUCCCGUUUAUAUCCGUAGCUAGAACCUAUGUCUGCUAGCUCUUCAUCACAUGUCUCGGGCAGCUAAUACAUGUGCUGUACAUGUAUGGCACAUGUGCUUCAGGUGUAUAGAAAUGAAAUAAAAAGGCGCCAGUUGGUUGGCUGCUGGCUGGUUGACAGCGAAGGCUGGAGAAUGGAGGCUGUAUGUAAUA